AUGGCGGCGGUGGGGCCGCGGACUGGCCCGGGCGCCGGGGCCGAGGCGCUGGCUCUGGCGGCAGAGCUGCAGGGAGAAGCGACCUGCUCUAUCUGCCUGGAGCUCUUCCGCGAGCCCGUGUCCAUCGAGUGCGGUCACAGCUUCUGCCGCGCCUGCAUUGCGCGCUGCUGGGAGGGCCCUGGCACUGGGGUGGCAGCCGCGUCCCGCGCGCUGCCCUGCCCGCUGCCCUGCCCGCAGUGCCGCGAGCCCGCUCGCCCCAGCCAGCUGAGGCCCAACCGGCAGCUGGCCGCGGUGGCCACGCUGCUACGCCGCUUUAGCUUGCCGGCAACCACGCCGGGGGAGCGUGGGAACCCGGAUUCCGCGGCACGAGCGGCGGCGGCCGGGUGCGCGCUGCAUGGCGAACCGCUCAAGCUCUACUGCCAGGACGACGGACGCGCCAUUUGCGUGGUGUGCGACCGCGCCCGCGAGCACCGCACGCACGCCGUAUUGCCGCUGGACGAGGCGGUGCAGGAGGCCAAGGAGCUCCUGGAGUCAAGGCUGAAAGUAUUGAAGAAGGAGCUGGAGGACUAUGAGGUGUUCCGGUCCAUGGAGGAGAAGGAAAGCAGGGAGCUCCUGAAGCAGAUGGCAGCUGAGAGAGAAAAGGUGGGGGCUGAGUUCCAGGCACUGAGGGCCUUCCUGGUGGAGCAGGAAGGCCGACUCCUGAGCCGUCUGGAGGAACUGUCCAGGGAAGUGACACAGAAGCAGAAUGAGAACCUGGCCCAGCUUGGGGGUGAGAUCACCCAGCUCUCCAAGCUCAGCAGCCAGAUCCAGGAGACAGCUUGCAAGCCUGACCUCGACUUUCUCCAGGAGUUCAAAAACACACUAAGCAAGUGCAACAAUGUGCCCGGCCCCAAGCCGACCACAGUCUCUUCUGAGAUGAAGAAUAAAGUCUGGAAUGUUUCCCUCAAGACCUUUGUCUUAAAGGGGCUGCUCAAGAAGUUCAAAGAGGAUCUUCGGGAUGAGCUGGAAAAAGAGGAGAAAGUGGAGCUGACCUUGGACCCUGACACUGCCAACCCCCGUCUCAUCCUCUCUCUGGAUCUUAAGAGUGUGCGCCUUGGACAGAGGGUCCAGGACCUGCCUGAUCACCCACGCCGUUUCGAUACCAACACUCGGGUGCUGGCAUCCUGUGGCUUCUCCUCUGGCCGUCACCACUGGGAGGUGGAAGUGGGCUCCAAGGAGGGCUGGGCCUUUGGCGUGGCCCGGGAAAGUGUGCGCCGCAAGGGCCUCACGCCCUUCACGCCUGAGGAGGGUGUCUGGGCGCUGCAGCUCAACAGCGGGCAGUACUGGGCCGUGACCAGCCCUGAACGGACGCCCCUCAGCUGUGGGCACCUGUCCCGCGUGCGGGUCGCCCUGGACCUGGAGGUGGGGGCCGUGUCCUUCUAUGCUGCAGAGGACAUGCGCCACCUCUACACCUUCCGUGUCAACUUUCAUGAGCGAGUGUUCCCCCUUUUCUCUGUUUGCUCCACUGGUACUUACUUGCGAAUCUGGCCUUGAGUAUCACCCGUCCCCAACCCCCCCAUCCAGUCAUGGGUGAACUUUUGGGUCUAUCCUCCUCCACACCUUGCCCCAGAGGGGCUUCUGCAGAACACAGCCUUGGAGGCAUAAGAGUGGGUGAUUGAGGACAAGGGCUCUGUGGUCAGUUGAGCAGGGCAAGAAAUGCAUGCCUUGGGCCCUUAGGGCCUGUCCUCUCCCUGAUGCUGGCAUGUGCUUUAGGCCUGAGCCUGAAGAGGUGGAGGCAGAUAAGGAUAGGAGCCCAGUUUGUGUACCUCCCCUGGGGUACUGAAAGAGACUAAUAGGGGCGCUUCCUAUCAUGUGGGUGUUACUGGGCCAUCUGGUUUGUGGACUAUCGAGCUCUGAUCCUGUGCUGUCCUCAGUUGCAAGGGGGCAGGUUUGGGCCUGGGCCAGCCAAAUUAAUUAUUCUGCUUUGCUUUUUGUCAGCUGUCAGCUCUACCAUCAGAGGUCAUGAGACCUUUAGAUCCAGCUGGCCUGAGGUUUCUACUCAGGGAAGGACACUGUACUCUCAGCUCAGAGGACAGUCUGGGCCAGAACUGCAUGGAGACCCUUGGCCUUAUAUGCGAGGAAAAGACCACACAAGAAAUCUCAGGACAAGAUCGUAUAGGCAUUACUACCUUCCAAUACCCCUUAGUCAGAUAAUUCAGAGCCAUAUGUACAUCCUUGACCACAAUGACAGCCAACACGUGUUCUCACAGAUACCUAAACCCCAUCUUCAAGUGCCAAAGCACUGUCUCCCUUGGGUAAGGAGAUCAAAGGUUCUGAAAGUUUGAAAUGCAAGUUGGUAUUUACAGUUUUACAGAUGCAACUAGCACCAGCAUAGAGAUGCACUGAGCACAAACCUGUCCCUCACACCCUCUUUCUGGAACUUCCAAAAUGUAUGUUAACAGCAGAGGUCCCUAGUGCCAAUGUAGCUGGCCGAACCAUCCUUUUCAGCCUGCGCCCUGACCAGUUGACCAGCCUCAUUAUCCCCUUGGCUAACUGUUCCCUGACUUCUGAUGGCUGGGCUUCUGGAAGAAUGGUGGUAGUUUUCUGCUUAGUGCUCCCCAGGGAUAGGGGUCGGGGAGAUGGAAAUACAGACUGUGAGCUUAUCUUUAGGGUGGCUUGACUCAUUCUCCCCUCUCCCCUGGUCUGAGUACAGAAACACAGGCCGGAGCAAGGGUUUCUGCCAGAUUGAGUGUGCACGUGUGCUUAUGUAUGUGAAUGUGUGCAUGUCUGUUUAUGCUGACCAGGCAAUCAGAACCCUGUGUCCCUAGGGCUGGGGACAGGGCCAUUUAUGAGUCCAGCCUAUGGCAGCAUUCUGAAAGGUGAAGGGCGCUCUUAAAUCUUAUGGCCUUUUCAUACAGGGAGAGUACUCUAGAAUAUUGUAGUCAAUCCAUGUAUUUGAAUACCACUGAUAUCCACAAGGAAAGAUGAUUUCUAACUUUCAUUUUUUAAUUAAACCAUCUGAUGUUUAUCAGAGAUAAAGACAGCUGUUUGGACCUCUAGUUUAUAUAACAGUUGUGCCAAAGAUUCACAUAUUAGUAAUUGUAAUUACUAAUAGCGCAGCACAUAUCACAGGUCACAGAAGAUCUGGGUGUCUGGUGCAGGCCAAGAGUAUGUGGAGGUGCCACGUAUACCUGUAAGGCCAGGUGUAGGGACUGUGGGGGUUGCUGUCUAUUUUCAGCUUUUGUAUUUGUGAAUGUGAUUGUGGGUCUAUCAGAGUAUGUGUGUUUACAGAAUAACUGCAUGUGUAUCUGAAGAGAUGUAACAACAGUUAUAGUAAUAACUGCACGUGGAAAGGAAGAGAUGUUCUCUCUUGGUGACCAAGGCAGAGUGGUGACUUUUGAUGUCAAAGUGCUCGUGUGUGAGUAUGCAUGCAUGCAUUUUCCUCUCCCAUCCUUUGGGUGCUGGUAAGAUCAAGGUCUCUGAGAACAAUGACUGGCCUAAAUUGGGCCUUUCUGACCCCACCCUUUAGUCCCAGAUCCCUGUGAACCAGAAGAGUCACCAGAACUCAGGUCCCUGCAACCCCACCCACACAGGGUUCCGCAGCAUCCAGACUGGGGGACACCCAGGGGCCUGUCUCUGCCUGCCCACUGACUUGUCUCCUGGCCUUGCAAGGGCCAUAGGGCGGGCUGGCCACGGCUGCCAGGCCAAGGUCCACCACCUACAGCUGCCACUUUCUGUCUUUUGCUGAAAUGGGGCUCCUGCUCUUCACCUCGGCCUUCACUCUCUCUCCCUUGUGGGCCCUUUGGGAGUCCUGAAGGAGCCAACUCCCCAUGAUUCAAGGUGGGUCCUAAAGGUUGCCUUUUCAUAAUUCUCCCAAAGGUGCUGCAGGGCUGGGAGGCACAGGCCCUGACCCAAUUUCGGCCCAGCACCCCCUUACACCCCAGCCUUUUGAUUCUCCCAGCCACUCUCUGAAUUUUUGCCUCCGGAUUCCCCCACCGUGCCUUCACGGCCCCACCUACCCCAGGUCCCACCUUCACAGCCCAGACCUGGAUUCCCCUCAGGACAGGCCUAUUGACACCUUCCCCAGGGACGAUUUCCCAAUAAGCGAAGUACGCACAGGCUUAAUUACUAAUCUGUAGCGCACAAAUUCACCCAGUUUUCACCACAUCAUGUGCACUACAGAUUAGAAAGUAAACACAAGCACGUGCGUAUCUCGCUUAAUGUAAAUCGGUGCAUACCGUCCUUAAUGGUUAAUUCACCCGGACCCUUCUCCUAAUCCCUCGCUCACAGCCCUGAACUAUGGGUUCACAUCCUCAUACGAAGCAA